ACAGUCACAGCUCGCGUUACUACGGAGCCCCCCAGCGGCCAUGUGGUAGCCUAGUGAAAAAAUAUUUAAGUAAGAAUCCGUGGAAUUGGAUCAAUAAACCGUGAAUUUUAUGCAUGUAACACUCGGUCUGACAAUCACGCACCCACACUGUAAGAUAAAAUAAGAAUCUUAAAGUUUCACAUCAACAAUUUCAUAUUGCACCUCCAUAAAGCUAGGCUUCUCACGAGAGACAGAGUUUAAAGAAUAAGAUGCUGAGAUAUCCUUAGUCUCUUUCUUUUGCAGGUGACACUUUUAAAACACAUUAUGUAUUUGCCAGAGACUAUACCCCUGUUACUCCAGAUAAUACACACACAUUCGGGUGAACACUUUAAGGGCAGCCAUUGAAGUAAGUUGUGUGUGUGUGUGUGUGUGUGUGUGUGUUUCCUAUGUGUUAAUCCCUCUUGUCUGUGUCCCUGUCUCACUCUUAUGUUAUCCCAUCAUCAACCUGUCCCCCCAAUAAUGUGUAAUUAGAGCUGAUAAAAUCAGGCUGAUAACAUUACUUUGAUUAUACUGUCAGUCUAUUGUAUACUGUUCAGUACAAUAUUGACUCUCUAAAACACAACUUAUCUUCCCUGGCUGUUAUUUGUCCAGUGUGCAACCUGUUCUGGGCAGGAACAGUUAAGGGACAGGGUGACCUUAGCUCUAUUUUUUACUCAUUAUUUAUCUAUACAGAAUAAUAUUUUAUUAUACAAUUGAUUGGAAUCAUGCUUUUUAGGUGAAAUUAUGUCCUUUGUUGUAGACUAAUUUGUCUGUGGUAUUUGAAUUGUUAAAUUAUAUAUGUGUGUUUGGGUGGGAUAAUCCUUUGCCAAAAGGCUGCAUUACCUGGUAUAUUUUAUGAUGGAUCAACAUUACUAGUGUAAUGGUCUUCUCACUCACCCUCAAUGGCCUAGCACAGCAGAGGUGAGUGUUGCACCUGAAUGUUAGUGAACAAUUGCACUCUUAAUGUUCUUGGUUAAUCAUUUACACUGCAGAUUUUUGUUUCGUUGAAGACAUGAGCUGUGAUACUGAAAGCCACCAAAACUCAAAGGUGAUGGGAAGGGUGGAAACACCAGCUGGGCUUCACAACCAGACAAUAUGACAAAUGAGGUGCGCACACCUGCAGAGAGCAGCGUUUUAGUCAAAUGUGGUGGUUGUCAAGGUAGACAGAGGAGGGUAUGGGUUCAGACAGAAGGAGUGUGUGUAGUCAUGAAAGUAAUCACACAGCCAGUUAGCCUGCAGGAGGAGGAGGAAACCCAACCUCAGUGGACACACUGACACCAUUAACCUGCCUCUGUGGCUGAGGCUACCUGCUAUAGCUCUGCUGAUGAGCUGGGAUUGGCAGCAGGUGUGAUAACUGAUUAACUCCAGCUGCAGGCAAUUUUCUCCCUGAUGUCCUCUCUCUUUGUAUUUGUCUUUAUGGUGCUGCAGGGCAUGUCUGAUCUAGUGGCACAGCUGUCAGGCUGUGGAUUGUGCGUGCAGGUUUUGAGUUCUUCUGUCUUCUUUCCCAUGGGUGUAUUUGACCAUCAGCUCAUAGACAUAUGGCUGCAGUAAAGAUGGCUAAUGUUCCCUGGACUAAUAGAGCCACCCUCUCUCACUUAAUGCUCAUUAUAUUAAGGCUGUCAAUCGCAUUCAGAGCAAUGUCAGUCAGACUGGUAGGAAUGACAUUGGUUUGUUUUAACCUUCACUGCUCCUUCCUCCAAUCAGUUUAUCAGGAAAAGAAACGUGCUGCGGAGAGAUAAGAGAUACCAGAGAAACAUUAGCCUACGCAUAGCUUGUGAUAUGAGUGUAUUUAUGUGUGUAUGUGCUGUGUGUGACCUGGCUAGGGGUGACAUUGUUGCUACUUGAGGUACCAUUUUACGCAGAUCGUCAUAUUUACGUGCGUGUGUGUGUCCAGAGGUGUUUGUACGUAUGUGUGCAUAAAAAAGGGGAGUUUCGGGUAUAAAAGGCUUUUCCUGAAAAUUUGUCCUGUUUCUGACCAUUGUGUGUGUGUGUAUGUGUGUGUGGGAGAGAGGGAGAGAGAGAGAGAGAGAGGGAGAAACUGGGUGUAUGUUUGGGACUGGAUCCUAAUUGAGAGCCAAAAUUUCGGGGGCGAAGAAAGAUCGAGUGGUCUGGACCUCCAUUGAUUUAGGAGAGCAGUCCCCUAUCACACCAGCAACCAUGAGUAAAACGGAGGCUUACAAUAUGUUUGAGAUGGAUGGAGAGAUGGACAAGAAGAAGAAGAAAAAGAUGAAGAAAAAGGAGAAACUGGAAGGCAUGAAGAAAGAAAUGGAUAUAGACGACCAUGAGAUUACAAUUGAAGAGCUGGAAAUGAGAUACAACACCAGUGUUACCAAGGGGUUGACCUCCACCUUUGCCCAACAGAUCUUGGAGAGAGAUGGUCCUAAUGAACUGAAGCCUCCUAAGGGAACUCCAGAGUAUGUGAAGUUUGCUAGGCAGCUGGCUGGAGGGCUGCAGUGUCUGAUGUGGGUCGCAGCUGUCAUCUGUUUCAUCGCCUUUGGAAUUGAACUUGCAAGAGGGAACCUCACCAGCUUUGACGAUCUUUACUUGGCCAUCACCCUGAUUGCUGUUGUCGUGGUAACCGGGUGCUUUGGUUACUACCAAGAAUUCAAGAGUACCAACAUCAUUGCCAGCUUCAAGAAUCUGGUGCCACAGCAAGCCCUUGUGAUCCGCGAUGGCAAGAAAAAUCAGAUCAACGCCAACCAGUUGGUGGUGGGGGAUCUGGUGGAGAUCAAGGGAGGAGACAGAGUCCCCGCCGACAUUCGCAUCAUCACUGGCCAGGGCUGCAAGGUGGACAACUCAUCCUUGACAGGCGAGUCUGAACCGCAAACCAGGAGUCCAGAAUGUACUCAUGAAAAUCCUCUGGAGACCAGAAACAUUGCUUUCUUCUCUACCACCUGUCUGGAAGGUGUAGCCACCGGUGUAAUCAUUAACACAGGUGAUCGUACCAUCAUCGGUCGGAUUGCCAGUUUGGCGAGCGGCGUCGGCAAUGAAAAGACCCCCAUUGCCAUAGAAAUUGAGCAUUUUGUGGACAUCAUUGCUGGUCUUGCAAUCUUUUUCGGAUUUACCUUCUUUGUGGUUGCCAUGUUCAUCGGAUAUGCCUUCCUGGAAGCCAUGAUCUUUUUCAUGGCUAUCGUGGUGGCCUAUGUGCCAGAAGGGCUACUUGCUACUGUUACUGUCUGUCUGUCUCUGACUGCUAAACGACUUGCCAGGAAGAACUGUGUUGUGAAGAACCUGGAGGCUGUGGAGACAUUAGGCUCCACUUCAGUGAUCUGUUCUGAUAAGACGGGUACCCUGACACAGAACAGGAUGACUGUAGCUCACCUGUGGUUUGACAACCAGAUUCAUGCUGCUGAUACCACUGAAGAUCAGUCAGGCCAGAGUUUUGACCAGUCAUCAGAGACAUGGCGUUCACUGGCGAGAGUGGCUUCCCUGUGUAACAGAGCUAUAUUCAAACCUGAUCAAGAAGGAAUACCUAUUCCUAAGAGGGCUGUGGUGGGAGAUGCAUCAGAGACAGCUCUGCUGAAGUUCACUGAGCUCACUGUAGGGAACAUCAUGGACUAUCGUAAUCGUUUCAAGAAAGUGGUGGAAGUGCCCUUUAACUCCACCAACAAGUUCCAGCUUUCUAUUCAUGAACUGGAGGAUCCACUGGACCUACGCUACCUGUUGGUUAUGAAGGGAGCACCUGAACGUAUCUUAGAGCGCUGUUCUACUAUUUUGAUAAAAGGCCAGGAGCUGCCUCUGGAUGAACAGUGGAAAGAAGCUUUUCAGACUGCUUACAUGGACCUGGGAGGACUGGGAGAGAGAGUACUGGGUUUCUGUCAUCUCUAUCUUAACGAGAAGGAGUUUCCUCGCGGCUAUCGAUUUGACCCUGAUGAGAUGAAUUUCACCACAUCAGGAUUGUGCUUUGCUGGUCUCAUCUCAAUGAUUGACCCCCCAAGAGCCACUGUCCCCGAUGCAGUGAUGAAAUGUCGUACUGCUGGCAUCAGGGUUGUCAUGGUGACUGGAGACCAUCCAAUUACAGCAAAGGCAAUAGCAGCUAAUGUUGGCAUCAUCUCAGAAGGCAGUGAAACAGUGGAAGAUAUUGCCCAGAGGAAGCGCAUACCUGUCGAACAAGUCAACAAGAGCGAUGCCCGUGCUUGUGUGAUCAGCGGUGGUCAGUUGAAAGAAAUGAGCAGCGAUGAGUUAGACGAGGCACUGCGGAACCAUCCUGAGAUGGUGUUUGCUAGAACAUCACCCCAGCAGAAACUGAUUAUCGUGGAGAGUUGUCAACGUCUGGGCUCUAUUGUCGCUGUGACAGGUGAUGGCGUGAAUGACUCACCAGCUCUUAAGAAGGCAGAUAUUGGCGUCGCCAUGGGGAUCGCAGGCUCAGAUGCUGCCAAGAACGCCGCAGACAUGAUCUUGUUGGAUGACAACUUUGCUUCCAUUGUCACUGGAGUGGAGCAGGGCCGUCUUAUCUUUGACAACCUGAAGAAGUCUAUUGCCUACACACUAACCAAAAACAUUCCUGAGCUGACUCCUUAUCUGAUCUACAUCACCGUCAGCGUGCCUCUUCCUCUGGGCUGCAUCACUAUUCUCUUCAUCGAGCUGGCCACUGACAUUUUCCCCUCUGUCUCUCUGGCUUAUGAGAAAGCAGAGAGUGACAUCAUGCACUUGAAGCCCAGGAACCCGCGUCGUGAUCGUCUGGUAAACGAAGCUCUGGCUGUGUACUCAUACUUUCAGAUAGGAGCCAUCCAGUCUUUUGCAGGUUUUACAGAUUAUUUCACAGCUAUGGCCCAGGAGGGCUGGUUCCCACUCUUGUGUGUCGGCCUGCGUUCUCAGUGGGAGGAUGUUCACCUUCAAGACUUAAAGGACAGCUAUGGGCAAGAAUGGACAUUCGCACAGAGGCUGUAUCAGGAGUACACAUGCUACACUGUAUUUUUCGUCAGUAUAGAGAUCUGUCAGAUCUCCGAUGUGUUGAUCAGGAAAACUCGACGUCUAUCUGUGUUUCAGCAAGGCUUCUUCAGGAACCGUGUCCUGGUUACUGCCAUCGUCUUCCAGCUCUGCCUCGGUAAUCUGCUUUGCUACUGCCCUGGAAUGCCCAAUAUCUUCAAUUUCAUGCCUAUCAGGGUCCAGUGGUGGUUUGUUCCUCUUCCGUAUGGUAUUUUAAUCUUUGUCUACGACGAGAUCAGGAAGUUAGGUGUCAGAAGAUAUCCAGGAAGUUGGUGGGAUCAGGAGUUAUACUACUAAGACCAGAGAAGCUCAUUUAUUCACCCAUCCAUCCAUAUACAUGAAAGCAUCGCUCAUAAACAGAAUGCUGCACACCUGGAGGGCCUUAUCCAACUUACUAUUCAUCUCUAUUACUUUGUGAUCUAUGUAUUUAUAGCUUAUCCUGUCUUUUGAUGUUAACAUUACAUUAAUACUCUGCCUAAAUCCCUUUAACAAAGUAUAAAGGUAAUCAUUGCUGAAAGUCAUCAUUGAGUAAUUCACACAGAUUUGUCAUGUUCCAGCUUUUUGACUGUGGCUGCAUUGUAUUUUAAUAAUAAAGAAUUUUAAGACCAA